UAAAUGUGUCACAUUUGUGCGAGAGACUGAGCAGACCUCCCAGGCAAAAAUUUUGGUAGUCCAUCCGACAUCAUCGGCCUACUUGAAUAAAUACUUUGAAUAAUAUUUUUUCAUAAAAUCCGCGAUGAUUUUCUCUCGCAUUAGUUUUUUACUGAUGGCCAUGGUGCUUUUGAGUGCUUCGUCCGCGGAUCACGCCCGUGAGCGACCUCGUAGAAAUACCGGUAGGUCUGCUCGAGUUUCAGCUCGUGCUCGACGAUGCGCAGGCCGACGAACUCCACCAAGGGAUCCUCUCGACAAGCCCAACUUCGUCAUCUUCUUCGCCGACGACAUGGGCUACGGCGAUCUGGCGUCGUACGGCCAUCCGGUCCAGGAGAGGGGUCCAAUCGAUGACGUCAUGGUAGAGAAUGGUAUCAAAUUCACCCAGGGUUAUGUUCCCGAUACCGUCUGCUCCCCAAGUCGUGCAGCGCUCUUAACAGGUCGCUAUCCGGUUCGGUCUGGGGUGUACAGCCCUCCCGACGGAUCCCGGGUUUUCUUACCAUGGACCCGAACCGGUCUACCGGCAUCCGAAGUCACGAUUCCGGAAGUUCUGAAGGAGGAGGGCUACAUAUCCGGUAUGGCGGGCAAGUGGCACUUAGGGCUUAACUCGGAGACAAAUAGUGAUGGUGCCCAUUUGCCAUUUCGCCAUGGUUUCGAGUUCGUUGGUCAUUUCCUCCCGUUCACCAACAGUAUGGGCUGUGACGAAACAGGGUACAUCCGGGAGUUUCCUGAUACAAGUAAAUGUUUCCUGUACAAGCGAGACCAGAUCGUCGCACAGCCGUUCAACCAUACAUACCUCACAAAGACAUUCGUCAACGAUGCUACUACGUUCAUUGAAUACAACGCACAUCGCCCGUUCUUCUUCUACUUCCCCUUCUCUCACCCCCACGCCCCCCUGUAUGCCUCGCCUGAAUUCGCUGGAAAAUCCCGCCGAGGUGACUAUGGAGAUAACAUCAAUGAGAUGAGCGCCGCGGUGGGUGAGGUGAUAGAUACCCUUGAAGCUCAGGGGAUUUUAAACAACACCUUGGUGUUGUUUAUUGCUGAUCACGGGCCACAGCCAGAGUACUGCGCUUGGGGAGGAGAUCCUAGCAUCUUCAAAGGCUACAAGACCAACACAUGGGAGGGAGGCGUACGCGUCCCUUUCGUGGCCUACUGGCCCGGGCAGAUAACCCCUCGUGAAUCGAACGAACUCGUCAGUACUCUCGACAUCAUGAAAACCCUCGUCGACCUCGCCGGCGGUUCGCUCCCAUCCAAUGUAUCCUACGAUGGAGAAGUGAUAACAGACGUUCUUCUGAACAACGCCCCGUCGCCGCACGACGUCCUUUACUACUACUGCAAGGACCGGCUCAUGGCGGUUCGAUCCGGUCCGUACAAGGUCCAUUACUUUACCCAUAGGGUUCAACCUCAGGAUUACUUCACCGCGCAGUGCGGUGACGGCGGGCAGCCCACGAGGCAUUACUUUGACUGUUACGACUGCUAUGCUUCUUGCGUCACCGAACAGAACCCGCCGAUCGUCUACAACGUCGAGCACGAUCCGAUUGAAGCGUUCCCACUGAACGUCACUGCUGAUCCUGCACUUGGUGAAUUCAUGGCCGAUCUGCAGGAGAAGGUAGCCGCUCACGUCGCGUCCGUGGUUGUCGCUGAGCCGUUAUUGGACGAUAAAGAUCCAACGAAGUCUAUUGUCCCUUGCUGCAAUGAAGCCACUAACUGUAUCUGUAACUAUGGCCCCGUCACGGGACCUUACAACUAAAUAUCGAAAGGGAGCCAGAGAGAGAGAAAGAGAGAGAAGAAAGCCCGCAGAAAAGUAGGGAGGGCGAUUCUUAUGAUCUGUUUUAUAAUUUUUCUGAUUUUUUCUUUCCACACAACUUGAAAGAUAAAGGUUCGCAGAAUUUCCACUUCAACGACAAUAUAGAAUCCAUUGAAAUUGAUUUGGAUUAUAUAUGGUUUAUCGUUAACCCUACCCUUGAAAUACUCUUGCUGCUUGAAAGAUUACAGCUAUAAAUGCAAUUUAAAUCUAUCAACACUCUUUUACGAAAUGCACAUUAUAAUAUCUUAAUUGUCUAUCUAAAUAUUAUAUAAAUGUAUUUAUAUCAUGUAUGAAGCAUAGAAAGUGCCAAUUUUGGAAGGGGCCUUCAUUGGAAUAACACCUCUUCAUCCGACUGCAGAUGAUGACUACCUCGAGCCUAUCUCAAUUGAUUAGGGUCAACACACAGAACAGACUUCAUUUUUAAUAUUACUUGCUUAUAUAGCGCCUAUAACACUUACUUUAUCAGAAGUCUGUAAGCGCUCUACAAUUGAGAAUUUUCGCUCCACGGCGUACGGAGGAUUCAAGAACACAGUAAAUUUAUUAGAAAUGCAUCUCAAAUGGCAAUGCAUAGCUGGGAGGUCUUUGUCGGAAAUAGUGGAACCGGAGCAGCAGUUUCGGAGCUGAUGAAACAUUGCAAAUAGGUUGUUUGUCCACAGUCAAUGACUAAACUGCUAUUCUGAUUCACCAAUUAACGACAAAGACUUUUUUGCUGUUCUUUGCAAGGACGGGCAUUUUGAACCCUUCAUAUGUCGCUGUGCGUAAACUCCUUAUAAUGCAAAUGUUAAGCGCACUGCGUUUCAAGGAAUAAAUUCCCACCAUGCACUUACCCGUUUACUUCACCUGAGUUCAGUGCAGCACGAUGAGGAUAGCUUUAAAUAACGCCCGCCAUGGCCGGGAUUUUUGAACCCACGACUUCCUGUUUUAAAGUCCGGACAGUAAUCUACUGGGCUACAACGCUCCACAAACUAACUUCAAUCGUCAACUUAGGCACACAAACCUAUGAUAAUGAUCAUAAUAGCAAGUUGAAUAUUGCACAUAUCCACCUUAUUUGGUGCUCAAGGCGCUCCUAUAUUACCCCGGCUGCCGAUUCCGAUGUGCUCACAACUUUAUGAGGAAUCGCUUCCCGACGGUACCCACUUGCCUCACCUGGGUUAAGUGCGACGAAUUUGGGUCAAAUUUUUUUAUUUUUGGUGAAGGAAAUUACGCCAUGGCUGGGAUUCGAAUCCACGACCCCUUGUUUUAAAGUCUCGACACCAAUCAGCUUAGCAUCAUCGCUCCACAAUCUACCUUGCAUUGUCAACUUAGAUACACAAACUUAUAACAAGAUUAUACAAAAACACCUUAUAACAUUUCAAUCCAGGAAAAUAACUCUGUUCUGGAUAAUCGAUGAAUGAUGUACAUGCAGCAGUCUUCCUUGAAAUAUAAUCUAAACAUUUUUAAUAUCAGUUUACAAGGAUGACUUUUCAUUAGAAUAAAACUUUCCUUUUGUAAAAUGAUAAUGUUUAUAAAUGUUUGCAGACGUUCUGUAAAACAUAAUUUUGUUUUGAAAUCUUUUAUCAUUUGCUAUUUUCUUUCUUUGAUGCCUCAAUGGAUUUUAAAUCAUGUAUGCUUAUUUUAGUAAUGUCUAAAAACAAAAUCAUAUUGCAGAUGUUUGAAUAUCAUAGCUUUUCUUCUCAGUAUGCUUUAAUAUCGUAGUAAAUACUCAUAUUUUUAAGACUAUUAUAUUUACUGAAAUAAUCAUAUAUUUCAUAUUUUUCUUUAUUAAGGUACAAAAUGGUAAACAUAAUUAUCUAGGCCUAUAUAUUAGUAGUACUUUAUGCGCAUAGUCAUUGUAGAAGUGCAAUAAUACAUUUUAUAUUCCGGGAUAUUAGCUGUCGUUUUGUAAAUCUUUCUGAGUUUUUUUCUAAAUGUGAUUUGAUCAUGAAGCGAUGAAAUAUUUCGAGAUUCUUUGAUAGAUAAAAUUUCUUCUGUACAUCUCAGAAGAGUAGAAUUCUUGUUUUCUUUAAGAAGAGAGAAAGAAUGGAAGAAAGAGAGGUAAUUUUUACUGAGAAAGGAUAUUCUGCAAGAUAAAUUAUAUUGCCUGUCGAUAAAAUCAACUGUCAUUCUCGAAAUAUAUCUUGUUAACGUAAUAUAUGUUGCUAUGUUUUGGGAAAUCUCUUCAAUACGUUAGGUUACCAAAGCAAUCUUUAUUGUAUAACAAUCGAAAUUCCAACGGAUAUAUUGCAACGUCUAUGCCUUACCAUGCCUACCAUUUGGUAGUAAAUCAACUUCAAUACUUCAGCUUAAAUACAAUCGUGUUGCUACGUCUGGAAAACCUCUAGCAAGAUUUUAGGUUGACAGAACAAUCUUUGUUUUUAAAUUAAUACAUACAGAGAAUUAAAUGGCGCUUUCAGAUAGAAGCUAAACCGAUGGUAAUCCCACAUAUUUAAAUAGGAAUCAAACCUUGUUUUAAAUAAUCAAUGAAUUGAGGACAAAAUCAAGAUAUAUAUUUAAACAAUAAAAUAGAGAAAAGUGAUCGAGUGGAUGACGUCAUCGGUUCUCUCAUUUACAUACUGACCAGGUUGUGCAUAUUAAACCUUAUAAUUUUUCUUUUGUUUUUACAUCAGACUUUGACGAAAUUUUCAACGUUAUUGUAUAUCUUUCAUUUCUUUAAAUGAACUAUUUGCUGGGGUGAACCACGUACCCUUAUAUAUCUUCACGGCGAAGAUAAACCAUUACCGCUAUGUUUGAUAACACCCUAAUUAUACGAUUAGUAAAAUCUUUUUGCAGGUAUAGCAGCGUACCAGGUUAU